AUAGGUGCUUUGGACAUGGCGGCGGCAGCGGCGGCUACUGCAGUAUCUUCGACGUUGAAGGGGAAUGGGACCAGCAGCCGGGCUGGGCCCAGUGAAGCUGGCGGCCCUCGAAAGAAGAAGGGACCGGGGCCCUUGGCCACCGCAUACUUGGUCAUCUAAAAUGUAGUGAUGACUGCCGGGUGGCUUGUUAUUGCAGUUGGUUUGGUCAGGGCAUAUUUGGCAAAAGGUAGCUAUCACAGCCUUUAUUUUUCAAUUGAAAAACCUUUGAAAUUCUUCCAGACUGGAGCCCUCCUGGAGAUUUUACACUGUGCUAUAGGAAUUGUUCCCUCUUCUGUAGUCCUGACUUUUUUCCAAGUGAUGUCAAGAAUUUUUCUAAUAUGGGCAGUGACACACAGUGUCAAAGAGGUUCAAAGUGAAGACAGUGUCCUUCUGUUUGUGAUUGCCUGGACAAUCACUGAGAUUAUUCGUUAUUCCUUUUAUACAUUUAGUCUACUAAACCAUCUGCCUUAUAUCAUCAAAUGGGCCAGGUACACACUUUUCAUUGUGCUCUACCCAAUGGGAGUGUCGGGCGAGUUACUCACAAUAUAUGCUGCUUUGCCCUUCAUCAGACAAGCCAGCUUAUAUUCCAUUAGCCUACCUAACAAAUAUAAUUUUUCCUUUGACUACUAUGCAUUCCUAAUUCUGAUUAUGAUCUCCUAUAUUCCACUUUUUCCUCAACUGUACUUGCACAUGAUACACCAGAGAAGGAAGGUCCUUUCUCAUCCUGAAGAACAAAAGAAAUAUGAAUGAUUCCUGCUCUUGCCCCAGAACUCUCCACAGAUCAAAAAUGCUGCAGACUUUUUGAGUUCCCAACAUGUUUCAUA